UCUGGGGGUUUUUUUGUUGGUGUUUUGAAUUAUAUCAGGGUCUUAGCACUAUUCUGUUGUACUUGUUUGCAUAGGUGUACAUACAAAUAUGUAUGACACACACCGCUUUAAUUAUAUCUGUGAAAUUCAUCUAUGUUGCUUGAUUGUUCCUUGCACAGUGCACCCUGGAGGAAUAUGCCUAACCCAUACUGUGAUGUCAGGUUUAAAGACACAUCCGUCCUGAUCAAGAUAGGAAAUUCUUAAGCAACCUGACAACACAGCAUGUCUUACUCAUUUUGGCAGGCGUGACAGCAAGGGGACAACACAGACCUCCUGUUCAUUGCUAGCUGCUCUAUAGUAUUGAGAAAGCCUCCAGCUAUAGAAUAAUAGAUGGCCUAACACUGUGUAUUGCUAUCUAUGAGUAUUCUCAUACAUAUUCUAGUAAAACUAAACAAUUUUUUUCCAUACAGACAUCACUAGGUCUCUUACUGCCUCUUCUGAGGAAGGAAGAAAUGAAGGCUACAGCAGCAGCCUUCAGUUGCCUGAUUGAGAGAAAACACUUGAAUUUGAGCCUGGAAAACCAGUUUGUUUCAGCAAAGCAAAGAUGAAAAUUGAGGAAGAGGGCAAAGCCCUUGUUUUCCUCAAGCAGGUCUCAGAUGUUAAAGUCUGGCAGGGAGAUGUAGCUAGGCUCUCUGUUACUGUUACUGGCAGUCCCCCACCCAAAAUCCAGUGGUUUUUCAACAGUAGGAAGCUAACCCCAUGCAUGGACUGUAAGUUAGUGUUUGCUGGCAAUGACCACAGCCUCAUCCUCCCGUAUGCAGGAGUGCAGGAUGAGGGUGAGUAUCUGUGCAUGGCCAGCAAUGUACACGGUGAGACCAGCUGCAGCGCCCAGCUCCAUGUGCGCCAGAGGCAGCCGGGAUUCCCCUGCUUUGCCAGGGAGCCGGGCAGCGUGCAGUGUGCACCAGGCUUCACGGCAGUCUUUGAGUACACUGUGGAGGGGAAGCCAUGCCCCGACAUGCUGUGGUCCAGGGGGAGCGAGCAGCUCUUCUCCGAUGCGCGUCACUCCAUUGCUCAGCAUCCUGAUGGCUCCGGCUCUCUGACGGUGUGGCACUGCGUGGAGGAGGACACUGGGCUCUACACGUGCAGGGCAGUGAGUGCCCUGGGUGAGGCCUCAUGCUCUGCCAAGCUCCUUGUGCUGCACCAGGAGCGCGCUGUGUGCAGCCAGAGCCCGGCCUUGCAGCACUCUGCAGUGGCAGAGGAGCAAAGCCUUCUUUUCUACCUGGAGGCUGGUGAGCUUCCUGCAAUGGAAGAAGCACUCAGUCUUGAGCCCGUGAGGCAGCCUUCAACCCUCCUUCAGCUCCAGAUGAGCCAGGCAGUGUACAUGCUGCCCAGGGAGGAUGUCUUGCCUGGCUUGCCACCAACCUGUCUGGCAGCGCAGAGUGUUGAAGAGAUGCUCACCCAGGCGGCCACAGUACAAGAGAGCAGCGGGCUUCUGGCAGAGCCUCUGGAAACCCUCCCUGCUGGCCCCCAGGGUUUGGUGCCUGCAGCGGUGAUGGAGACACAACUGCCAGGCUGCCUUGGGACUGUAGCUGCACAGAUACUCAUGCCCAAAGAGGAAAUAAUCCCCAAGGCAGCAGAGCAACUUGCUGCUCUGAAGACAGAGGCUUCCCAAACCCUUCUACAGGUGUCAAGCACCACUGAGAGCCGCGUCAUGGAUGGUGACCAAAUCCAGAUCCUUGAGGUCUUUCAGAUAGAGCAAGGUGAGCUGAAGACUGAACCAAGAUUUCUCUCUGAAUUGGCCUUCAUUGGGGGCCAAGCUGUCCCCCUGGAGAACAAUUCUUUCCUGGAAACAGCGAAGGAAGAUUUUGCUGCAAGAGUACAUGAGGGACAGGCUGUGAGAUUUCCCUUGUUGCUGGAAGAAAACCAGUCCGUGGAGUCAAAACAUGUUGAUCUUUCCAAGACACUUAAGCAGUGGCAGAGGACAGAAAGACAAUCCCAUGAAACAAUGGACUCUCGUGAGCUCCAGCCAAGCCAAGUCCUCAACAAAGACAGUGAGCUCACUCCUCUGGUUCCCAAAAGCUGCACCUUAGACAUAAAGUCUCAAAUCAGAAAUGCACUGAAAGCUGCAGUGGUAAGUGGGAAAAACCUCUUAUUUUCACAAUGGGUGGCUGAUAAGGAAGAUGUCAAAGUACAGGCAAUAAACAUCACCAAGGAGAAUACACAUACCUUGUGCACAUAUGUUGUGAGCACAGGAGGAUGCAGUCCCAUAGAAAUCCAAGUCGCCUUGGGAGAAGUGAACAUUCAGACAGCUGACCAGAAAACAGUCUUGAAGGAAGUUUUCUAUUCCUUUCUUUGUGAACAUAAAUGUUCCCUGACUGGUGAAAAAUCCAAAGCAUUGCCAUUCUCUGCCAGACCACUUCUCUCAGGAAAAUCCUAUGAUGAAAUCUUUGAGUUGGAGCCCCAGCAGGCUGAGAGGACUAUGGAGGAAGAAAUACAACUGGAACACCCUUUGUCUGCACAAGUAAUCAAGGCUGAGCAGAGUCUAAUCAAGGAUGUGGGUGCAGCUGUAGCCACUGCUGAUGUAGCUUCUGCAGAUGUUCUUACAGAGACACCCACAGAAACACUGAAAAGAAAAGAGAAAAGGGAAGAAGAAUGUCAGGAAGAGGGCAGAGAGGGUCUGGAAACUAGAGCUGGAAAGCAAGAGGAUGAGCUGGGCAAAGGUUAUCCCAUCACACAAAGCAAACUGGUUGACACUAUUGUGGAGGAAGAGGAGAGUGUCAGGCUGGUGUCUGUCAUAACAAAUGUCAGAAAGGUGAACUGGUACUUUAAGGGUAAACUGGUCUCUUCAGGCAACAAAUUCAAGUGUUUGCAAGAUCAGGACACACACACACUAGUAAUAAGCAAAGUGUGCGGGGAGAUUCACCAAGGAGAGUAUACCUGUGAGGCGCUGAAUCAAGGUGGAAAAAGAGCAACAGCAGCAAAACUCACUGUUGUUAAAAGAGGUUGGAUUAUGGGGAUAAAAUUAUCUUUAUAAUGCACUGCUCUACUAAUGAACCUCCCCUACUAUGUGCAUCUUUGGACAGAGAUACAAUAUUAAUACCAUCAUGCCACUAAUCAGAGGGCUCUCUUUCUCUCUGGAUUGGUGGUCUCCUUUUACCACAUUGCAAGGCCUCUCACUUCCAUUACCCCAGUCUUUGGUCAGGAACUUUUUUGUUUCAUUGCACUAGCAUGUUCAGGACAAAGCUGUAUCUCAAUCCCAACCAUUUCUCCUAUUCUUGCUUGAGAAGUGGAGCUGCUCUUCCCAUUUUUCUCACUGCUGCACCCUCUCUCACUCCUUAGAGUCAUUGCACUUCUUGUUCACACCAUAAUUUCUCACAAGUCCAGAAUAGAUUACUAUAUAUUUUUAUCCUUUUGCUAUUGUGCAUUGCUAUUUCCCUUUGUUUUUCCAGUAUCACCACUGUUUCCUGAUGUCAUUAUGCACUAUAAGACUGUCUGUCCACUGAGUCUAUUACUGCCUUAUUUCUUACAGAUGUUUUUUUGGUGGUUUUUUUUUUACAGUCACUUUAUGUGAAUUGCAAGUAUGUCACCUUUUUGGGGCUUUUUUUCAGUCAGUCAAUAACUUAAUUUCAGAAUGUCAGCAGGCAGGAUUUUGAGUUACUCUCUGCUUCUAA